UCGUCGAUACCGAGUGCGACGGCGAGGUUCUGUCAGUCGUGCGGCAGCCCGACGCCCGGCGGUGGCGGUUCGUCGGGUGGUGUCCCAGUGCGCGCGGCGCCCUCCGGAGCCUACGGCGUGAGCUCGACCUCCGCCGCGGGCGUGCCAGUCAACGCCGCCCAGCCCUCGCGCUACACCGGAGGAGCCAGCCCGGCCUCGUCGCCCAAGACCGCGGCCCGCAGCUACGGCAGCAGCCCGGCCUCCUCGCCCGGCGUGUCGCGUAGCUACGGCGGCAGCCCGGCAUCGUCGCCCGGCGUGCCGGUGAAUGCGGCCUCGCGUUACGGCAGCGGCAGCGCAGGCAACGUUCCAGUGAACGCCAGCUCGCCGGCUCGCUACGGCGGCGGCAGCCCGGCGUCGUCGCCCGGCGUGUCGCGGGGCUACACGGGCGGCGGUGCGGGUGUGCCGGUGAAUGCGGCCCAGCCCUCGCGCUACGGCAGCGGCGGCAGUGUGCCGGUGAGCGCGCCGGCGGCCCGCUACGGCGGCGGAAGCGGGAUGGCGGGCGACUACGGCGCGGCGCCGGUGCAGCACAAGAAGACGUGGGAGCAGGUGCGCUGCCCGGGAUGCGGCGCCACUCUCGCCGGCCGCGCGACCGUUACCAUCGUCGCCAAGGAGUGGUACCUUCUCACGCCCCCAUUAUUCACCGUUCUCUUUGUGCGCGUGCCACACCUGCGCGUCAUUGAUCGUGUGUGUCGUGUCGUGUCACAGGCACACUGA